AUGCUCAGUAAAUGGUUGACUGGAGACCGAGAUAAAGGCAAUCGAGUCUUUGCCUCAGUGGCAGAUGGUCUCCAGGUGCUCUACAAAGACAGGUUGCUCCCAGUGGAGAAGGACUUCAGCUUUCCGCACUUCUUCUCACCUGAGUUGACAGAUGCAGAUUUCUCUGCACGACCUAUGGUCAUGCUCACCGGCCAGUACUCGACUGGCAAGAGCACUUUCAUCCGGCACCUGCUAGGGCGGGACUACCCCGGAUUGCGAAUCGGCCCAGAGCCAACGACCGACAAAUUCGUCGCUGUCUGCAAAGGCGAUAUGGAUCAGGUCAUUCCAGGGAAUGCCUUGGUUGUGGACAAGUCCAUGCCGUUCACGCAGCUGAGCCACUUCGGCAACAACUUUCUUACGCGUUUCGAAUGCGCGAAGCUUGACAGUCCUGUUCUGAACGGGAUGUCCCUCAUCGACACACCUGGUGUUCUGUCUGGCGAGAAGCAGCGCUUGAAGC